CACAACCAGUUUCAAGCGAGCUCUCGAGCGGUAGAGACGUCGCCUCCGUCCCGCAUAUAUAAAGUACUAUAUGGUAUUAUAUCCCUCCGAUCCACUCAUUCUCUCCACCACGCCUUUGUCCAUAACAAAUUCCCACUCUUAGAGUUUCUGUGCAUUCAAGUGCAACUUAAAAUAGUAGUUGUUUCUUUCGUGUUGGCUAGUUUUGCUUUGUGUUUUUGCAAAACAACAACUUUGAGGCACUUUACAUAGACUAACGCUGAGAAAAGAAAACCGCCAAAAUUGGUUACCUAACGAAAACUUCGUUUGUGCUACGCGACGGCAAGCUUAGUUACCACGUCAUCCAGAGCCUCAGCAUCAUUUCCUAUUCCCAAUCCUUUGCAUCAUCCUCCUUUCAUCAUACUCCCUUGGACUUGUCACCUUUAAACAAAAGAAGACGAUAUGGGCUUCAGUUCGCGAAUGGACUGCUGCGGGCAGUUCGUCAAGUACAGCCUUUUCAUAGCUAACUUUGUGAUAUUUGUUGGUGGAGCCAUUGUCUUUUGUCUUACUCUAUGGACUCUGGUGGACCGCAGUUUCGUCAAUGAGUUGCUCGGUACAAAUCUUUUCUCAGGAGCUGUUUAUGUUCUGCUGGUUACAUCGAUCAUCAUCUGCCUGGUGUCCUUUUUGGGUUGUGUAGGUGCUGGAAAGGAGGUCAAAUGCCUUUUACUUACGUAUUUCAUAAUAGUGGCUUUAGUUUUCGUCACCAUGCUAAUUGGCGGCGUCUUGGGUUACGUGUUCCGCGAACGAGUCCAGCAGACCAUGCGGCAGGAAAUGCGAUCCACCAUGGCUUUGUAUGGCAGCAGAAGGGAGAUCACCCAGGCCUGGGAUUUGACCCAGGAGCGUCUGCAGUGUUGCGGAGUUGACACGUGGCACGAUUGGAACAGGUACGGACCAGUGCCCGAAUCCUGCUGCCAGGAGCUCUUUGGGGGCCAACGUAAGGAGUGCACCAUCUUCCCAACCAUCACGAAUCUGUAUAACCAAGGCUGUCUCUAUGUGACGACAAACUUCAUCAGGGAUCAUGCGGCAGUUAUAGGAGGCACCUCCAUAGCGGUGGCUAUUCUGAUGAUCUUUGGUAUGAUAUUCUCCUGCCUACUGUUCAAUAUGAUCGAAUAGCGCCAAAGAGAAGGAGAACUCCAUGGCCACGCAGGAAAAACAGCUACCAGGGGUCCGGAAGAAACCCAUUUUUAAGAGUACUUCCACUGGAGUUAUAUAUAUUAAGAGUAUUAUCCGUUUGUAUUACGUAUGUACAGAUAUAAGUGUUUAAAUACGCAUAACUAGAGAGUAUUCAAGAGCGAGUAACUGGAUUGUAUUGUUAUUAUAUGUUGCAUAAUUUUGUAUUAUUUUUUAUGUAAUUCUGUAAAUUUAGUCCUAAGCCCCUUCAAUCAAUAACCCAAUGCAGUUGCCUAUUUUAAGUGAAUCUUUUCAACUGUUUAUAGAGAAUUUAGAUGUCUGUCCAUUGUUGUUUCUAAUAAAAUUAGUUUAAAACGA